AAGGGGAAAAAAGGCGAUAUAAAAAAAGUACUGGGGUCACAAACUCACAAUCGUCGUUGAUUUGGACUUGUUUUGGCCAUUGUUCAUUUCGCCCACACUGCUUCCCUCGACUGAAAAUGGAGAAUCAGGGUUUUACAUUUUGAAAUUCGGAGGCAAAACAAAGCAAUGGAAGCCAUUCAAUCACUAUACAUGCAUAACCUAAACCAACCUACACUUGAUAAACAGUAUUUAGGGUUUGAUCCUCAACCUCCCGAAGCGGCGUCAUUUUCAUCGGAACCCAAUCUUCAAAACCCUAGUCGGGAUCUCCCAAAAGCUGAGGAAAACGACGUUGAUGAUGAUGAUGAGAUGUUGCUGCGAAUCAUUUUUGAGGAACUUCAGAAUCUGGUGUUGAACCAGGCGUUCAGUGAAGAGAGAACAAAAGGAGGUGUUUAUGAAUCUAUUAAGGCAAAAUCUGAGAGUGAAGAUGAAAAAGAUGUGCAAAUGAUAGUUGAAGAGCUUAAGAAUCUGGUGGUAAAUCAGGCAUUCAGUGAAGAGAGAGCUAAAGGAGAUAUUCAUGAAGGAAAUGGAAGAGACGAAGUGGGAAAUGAGUACGGUGGUAAUCAUUAUGAAGAUGGUGCUGGUUGGAGCGAAAAUGAAAAUGUGAUUGAUGUGAAAAAUGAGAAAGGUGGUGAAGUGGUUUCAAGGGAAUGGGGAUUUGAUCACUAUGAAGAUGGUGACCUUAGUUGGAGCGGAAAUGGAAUUGAUGUGACAAAUGAGAACGGUAGUAAGGCGGGUUCAAAAGAAUGGGGAUUUAAUGCGAAUGGGAGGAGGUUGAAUUACCCGUUAAGGCCUGAUGCUGUGGAUUGUGCUUAUUAUAUGAAAACAGGGACAUGUCAAUAUGGAUUGAAUUGCAAGUUUAAUCACCCUUCCCGAAGACAAAACCAGUGGGCAAUGGAGAAGGGCAAGCAAAGGGAUGAAAGUGAGGAAAGAGCAGGGCUGAUUGAAUGCAAGUAUUACCUAACAGGAGGAGGGUGCAAGUAUGGAAAUGCCUGUAAAUAUAGUCAUAGUAAGAGAAAUGGUGCAAUCUCACCUGUUCUGGAUUUUAACUUUCUUGGCCUGCCAAUUCGACAGGGAGAGAAGGAUUGCCCCUUCUACAUGCGCACUGGGUCCUGCAAGUAUGGAUCCAAUUGCAGGUUUCAUCAUCCUGAUCCUACUACAAUGACUGGAAACAAUCCUUCCCUUGGAUACAACAAUGGUGGAUCUGCUCCAGUACAAAGUGCCUCCUAUUCACCAGUGUCUUCUUGGUCUUCACCACGAGCAUCGAAUGAGACAGCUCCUUUCGUACCAGUGGUAUAUCCAGCAAACCAAGGCAUUCAUGCUGCCGGUGUUAGAGUGAAAACAUUGAAAGGAGAGCAUAAUAAAUGCAAGGAUCCAUGUGGUAACUAUAAGGUCAGUGCAACUACAAUGGCCUUUUACUUUAAGAAGAAGUUGCAAGCUAAUCCCAAAUACAAGAUAAAGGAAAUGAGAGUUGAUAUGAAAACUGCUUUCAACAUUAAUGCUCAUUUUGAAAAGUGUAAGAGAGCUAAAAUAAUCUCUUACCCUUUUCAAAAUGAGCCUUAA